AGUCCUAUAUGAAAAAGUGUUCGAAGAUUCGUCUUCCAACAGAAUAAAUGGAAAUUGAGCAUAGAGUAAGAGAAUGGGUAAAAUGUUUUGAACAGAACGGAAAUAGUUAUAUGUGUCACAGAAGUGUACGGUGUUACUCUAGUCUAAGAAGUAUGAAAAGGAUGUUUGGGGGAUUGAAUGUAAUACAUCUAAGAGAAUGAUUACUGCAAAAAAUAAGGAUGAGGGAAAGGUGCAAUAUAACUAUAAACUAAAAGAGGUAUUUACAAAGAACGUAAAUACAAAGAAAGGCAUAGUUACAAUUCAAAGAGGCAGAGGAAAUGCAAAGUGAUUUUGAUGAAAAUUAAACAUCAAACAGUGCUUUGGAAGAAGUAAAUGAGCUUCCAGCAGAUUGGAUGGGAAUUUUAAAAAGUGACAUUGGAAAUGCUGGAAGGAGUAUUUUAGAUAUUUGUUUGGAAAUAUUGAAACUAUUAAAGUAAAAAUAAAAUGAAGUUUAAAUAUUAGUGUCCAAAAAUGGAUGAAAGAAGAGUAGUAAGUGCUAUCAGAAUAUUUAAAAAUGGUAGUGCUGCAGGAUUAGGAGAAAGUGUGGAUAUGGUAUGCUUAUGGAAUGGUUGUACAACUUUACACUUGUGAGAAGUAUUAUCUUUUUCUUUUGAUUGUUGAAUGCUGCUGUUGUUUUUCAAGAUACAGGUAGUUCUUGACCUAUGACUGUAAUUGAGCCUGGAAUUACAGUUGUAACUUGUGUCAUUCAUUAAGUGCCGACCCAUGAUGUGACCCACCUGAUUUUAUGAUUUUUUUGGUGGUGUUCAUUAAAUGAACUCUUCCACAAUGGGAGGGUUUUUUUGCCAGAAAUUGAAAGCAAAUGCUGGUUUCCGGCAAAAACAUUGUAAACCAAUGUCACAUAACAGGACAUUGCAAACAAUUAUAAAUGUUGGCUGGUUGCUAAGAGCCCAAAAUGCAGGAUGAGGGAGCCAUCAGAACUUUGAAUUUGGGUCAUUUCAAACAGUUGCAAAGCAACUGGUCAUAAAUCGAGGACUAUUGGUAGGAAAGGAUAAGAAGAGGAACUGCAAAAACUACAAGAUAAUUACUUUACCAAAUGAACCAAAUGAACCUGGGAAGGUGUUUGAAAGUGAUAAUGAACAAAAUUUGGAAAAUGCAGUGUGACUAUAGAAAGCAAGAGGUAUAUGGAUCAGAUAUUGCAUGAACUAUAAGAGCCAAAAAAAGAAUACUUUUAAAAAACAAAAAGGAAAUAAUAUGAUAUAGCAUAAGAAUGUUGUAGAAAUGAAUGAUUUGAGGAAAAAAAGAUAUCAAGAGAUAUAUUGAAUGAUGCUGAUGUAAUUAGUUUUAAUAAUCUUCUCUUUUUGUUAUGUCACACCUUAAUUUCUUGGAGUUAGGUUUUCUUAUUACCCUGUUUCCCCCAAAAUAAGACAUCCCCUGAUAAUAAGCCCAAUCAUGCUUUUGAGCACAUGGCAAUAAGGCCAAGUGCUUAUUUCAGGGUUCAAAAAAAUAUAAGGCAGGGUCUUAUUUUCGGGCAAACACAGUAUUUCUCUAUGCUCUGUAUAGUGUUGCUUACCCAGAAAGGGAAUAAUGUGAUGUAAUAAUAAUGUGCGUACAUACGACUGUACAAUUCUAUAGUUUUCAGUUUAAAUACUGCUUUUUAUUUUUUAGCAGAAUGACCUCCAAAGAGAUUAGAGUAUUUAAUAAUAGGACAAAGCAACCUACAUAGAAUGAAAUCAUUACUAAUGAAAGAGAUUAGCAAUGUUUUGGGGAGAAGACAGUUUGGUAAUUGAAAUGUGUUUGCAAAUAAUCCAACACAUUGAAGCCAGUUUCAGCUUAAUAAUAAUCAUAUUUGUGAUAAAUUAAUCAUCAUGGUGGUUUCUUGCUGAUGUUUCAUGGUUGCAGGUUUUUAGGAAGAAAACUGAUCAGGUUUGGAAAAAUGGAAUAGAUUUGGGGAAAAGAGAAACAACUCUCAUCUAUGUCCAAAGGCUAACAGAGAGGAUCAUCCUUAAGUUAAUACUGCCUUCCAGAUCCAGAUGACCUAGGAAAUUAGAGCCAAGAUGAACUACCAACAAAAAAAAACUAUUAGCAUUUUUCAUAAACGUGUCAAUUCAAGAUCUGGAUUUGAAUGAACACAUGAAUUCUAAAAAACAGUAUUAUACUGAUUUGAUGUUUGGAUGGUGUAGGCUAGGGGGAGGUAUAGUAAAUUUUUUAGAGAAAAAGUAUUACGGUAGGGGGCUGCUCAGUGGUUAAGAUGUUUUUGAAAUGAGCUUUGAUGAUAUUGAGGGAAUUACAGACAAGUAAAGAAGAGCAAUUGAAGGCUGAAAAUCAAGAGAGAGAUUGAAGCCUCUCUUUUGUGGGGAUUACUUCAAUAGCCAGCUUGAAGAAUCCAAAUAAAUUAUAUUGUGGGGAUUGAGUAUUCUUGGCAGGUGUUUCUGUUUCCCUUCCAUUCUAAGGUCCUGGAGGUUGAAUUUCUGUUGAAUAACAGAGUGCUGUGGGGGUGGUUUGGAAAAUUAAGUUAAGGAGCAGCUGAAGGAAUAAUGCUUGGACAUGUAUGGUGAACUGAAACAGUGAAGUGGCAAAAAAGUAUUUAAGAGCCUUUUUGAUGAAACAACAUCUGAGGAAGAAUCUUGUAGCAACAAGAUGCUUAAGAUUCUGGCUGUUAAAAUAAAUGAUGACUUAAUCUGAACAAGAAGAGAGAGAAAAAUGGGCCAUGGUGAGAGUUCAAUUCAGAAGAGGAACGCAACAUCAGCAUUGUCUUGUUGCUAUUCAGGAAGAAAUUCUGCUGCAGAAGCGUUUUGGCAUCGGUGAUGAGAAAUGGGGUAUGAUGUAGCACGUUUUCAAGGGGAUGUUGAUGAAGAUCUUAUUUGCCCCAUCUGCAGUGGGGUUUUGGAGGAGCCAGUGCAGGCGCCUCAUUGUGAGCACGCUUUUUGCAAUGCCUGUAUCACCCAGUGGUUCUCCCAACAGCAGACGUGUCCCGUCGACCGAAGCGUUGUGACUGUGGCUCACCUGCGCCCUGUUCCCCGGAUCAUGCGUAAUAUGCUAUCUAAGCUGCAAAUCACGUGUGACAACGCUGUUUUUGGUUGCACUGCUGUAGUGCGGCUUGACAACCUGAUGUCUCACCUCAAUGACUGCGAACACAAUCCAAAGCGGCCUGUGACCUGUGAACAGGGAUGCGGCUUGGAAAUGCCCAAAGACGAAUUGCCGAAUCAUAACUGUAUAAAACAUUUACGGUCAGUAGUGCAGCAGCAACAGACAAGAAUAGCUGAAUUGGAAAAGACGUCCGCAGAACAUAAGCAUCAAUUAGCAGAGCAGAAACGGGACAUACAGUUGUUAAAAGCGUACAUGCGAGCAAUACGUAGUGUCAAUCCCAACCUGCAGAAUUUGGAGGAGACUAUUGAAUAUAAUGAAAUCCUUGAGUGGGUGAAUUCCUUGCAGCCAGCCCGGGUAACCCGAUGGGGUGGUAUGAUCUCUACACCAGAUGCUGUACUCCAAGCUGUGAUCAAGCGUUCCUUGGUGGAAAGCGGCUGCCCCACAUCCAUCAUCAAUGAAUUGAUUGAAAAUGCCCAUGAACGGAACUGGCCCCAAGGCUUGGCCACCCUAGAAACUCGCCAGAUGAACCGACGCUAUUACGAAAACUAUGUGGCCAAACGCAUCCCAGGCAAACAAGCUGUGGUUGUGAUGGCCUGUGAGAAUCAGCACAUGGGAGAGGAGAUGGUGCUAGAGCCAGGCCUGGUGAUGAUAUUUGCACAUGGAGUGGAGGAAAUUUAAAGACUCGACAGAAAUGAUAAAACAACGUGCUUGAAUAUAUAUAUAUAUAGAGAGAGAGAGAGAGGGAGGGAGAGAGGCUCCAACUCUAAGCCCACUGAUUCUGUUCUGUUGUACUGUUAUCAGGGCAUCGUUUCUCUCUUUGUUGAAUAAAAUGCUACUCCCUAAUUAUACUGGGCACAAGCCCAGGAAUUUAUGCAAAAUGCCAUGCUGCACUCCCUUUUCCUUAUGGUCAUUAGACCUGGUCUGAUGUUGACAAAGAUUUCCAAAUGUCUACAAAGGAGCACAACAAAUUCCUCCCUGUUCCAGAAAGAGCUGUGGUCUUCAGUUAUAUAAAGUCUUUGAACUCCUGAUAUGACUGCAUUGGUCUGAAUAGCCUGGUUCCUGUUUGGGAUCUGUAAACCAUGACUUAAGAUUUUGAGAAGCUAAAAGUUUAUUCUGAAGAAUUUUAGCCCACCACUUCUAAGUCCGUUUGGCUUCUCUCGUCUAAGGCAUCUCUGUGAAAUGAUGGGAUUUACACAGUACUUUUAAGAUAAGUUUUUAGUUUUUAUGUGGAGAGGGAUUUCGAGUAAAACAUGAGAACGCAGAUGCCAAGUCGGAGUUGUAAGUAAUGCCAAAUGUAUACAUCAGUAGAUCCUUCAAUCUAAACUGUCUUGUGGAGCCAAAAAAGCUGCGUCAUUUGGAGAACAAUCUGCAACUCAUUUUGGAUGUGUUUACAUUGUAUAAGAAGCGGUCCUUUCCUAUUGUGGCUUGGUUUUCAAAGGAAGUCACAUCGUUUAGCUUUGUAGCAUUGUUACCACCACUGCAGGAUGAAAAGUGAUUCUCCUGAAGUCUGGAGCUCAGUUUUCUCCACGCUCUUGAAAGGUUGCUGAAGCAUCUUGGAUGCUUUGCGGACUUCUCCUUUCUAAUAAGAAGCAAGCCUUCAAUUGUACACAUCACUCCACCCGAUCAGAAAUGGUCCCUCUAAAUUGCAUGUGCCAUUUAAAGUUGUAUCAACUUCAUAACCUUUUGAAGAAAACACAAAAAGGAGAAUGGACUCAGAUUUAUCUAGUCUUGUUACAUUGCCUAUUUUGAAAAAUCAUUAUCUGUAUUUAUUUUCUUUUUUCACAUUUUGAUGAUUGUGUUUAGUCUUUUGUAUUAUUUUUGUGCUUGUAUGUUUUCCUUUUAUUUUUUUUAAAAAUACAGUAGCUAGGAAUGUCUUCAAAUUUAGUUUUACCUGUCAAAUUUAAUUUAUUUGCCAUCUUUAGUUUCUGUUUAUAUAUAUAUAGCAACUUCUUUCCAAUGCUUUAAAUAUUUGUUAAUUGCUUAAAACAUUUCGGCUGGAGUUCUUGAGGACAAGGAAUAAAUGCAUUGAUAAAGGAGCAGUUAAACUUGCUCUGAUUGAAGUGUUUUGCUAUACAGUCCAUUUUGAGCGCCUUUCAUAUGUUACACUGGCUAAAUAUUCUUCUCUGACUAGGAACAUUUAAACCAGUCUUGACUUUCUUCUCCUAGUGUUUCAUACAGAUUUUCUUAAUGCUCUGCUAUCAGAGGUUUGCAAUGGUGCAGAAUUUGGAUCAUGUCAUAUAAACAGUUGCUUCUUCAGAUGUCUGGGAUUUUUAAAAAAUUGCUCCAGAAAUCUUCAGUGGGAACAACGGCUUGAGAAGACCUCCUUGUGCUCUCACCAGAAGCAGCAUGGGAAAUUUUCUCAUUAUGUGCAAUAGUAAGCGGCCUAAAUAUUACAUGAUGAGCCCAUGAUGGAGAAUGUUAUAGCAAUACAGCUCUCAUUCCUGUCGGUUACUGGCAAACUCGUCUUCUAUGGAAGAGAAGAGAGGGGGGACCCUGGAGGAAGAUACAAUAGUUCAGUUUCAAUCACCUAACAAAAGCAACUCCUUUCCUUCCAUCAUUUGUACAAAUAAAGAUUGUGAAUAAUUCUCAACAUUUGCCAGGCAGAUGCUGUUUCAGAUUUUCUUUUAUGGGAAAUGCCUGUGCUUUGAAGACUCAGUUUGGUGGCCUUUACUUCUUUGCAAAUCUGAUGGAUAGGUUUUGCAUCAUUUUUCAGCUCUGCUGGGUCUUCAUUUCCUGCAAUCUUUCAUUUUAAUCUUUGCUGACAUACUGCUUUAUGCUCUUCCUCUCUCAUCUUCCUCGUCCACACCCCUUUGAUGGUAGAGUUUUGUUUUAGAAACCAAGUCUGUCUCUGAUAACUGUUUCUAGUGCUGUGAAUUAUUACUUAUCAGUAUCUUUAAAAUUCCUUGAAUAGUACUUCACUUUGUAAGUCAUGUUAAAAUACUUGGAAUGUGCAUCAAAAUUCAGGUCAGUUUUAGGGGUGGAAUGGGUUGUGUUCAUGUCUGUAAUAUGGCAUGUUUUGAAAGGGGAUUUAUUUGUUGAAGAUUACUUCUAAUCAAGAGUCCCUGUUGCUCAGGAAUUUGAAAAAAAAAAGCUGCUAAAUCCAACCUAAUAACUGCAUCUUGAGCUAACUGCAUCUCUUAAUGUUGUUCUCCUAACACACCUUGUCUUUCUCCUCAAUGUCCUGCUGUCGCUUUUCCUUGUGCUCUAAAACAUCCAAUAGAAAUUGUCAUGUCUUCUGCCAGUAUCCAAAUCAUUGGUUGCAUUUUGUGUUUUAUUGUUCAAUUGUGCUGACUGCACUAAUAAAUUGCUUUUUUUCCCCCUUGA